AUGACACUAUGUGUGUCCCUAUUCCUCGCACAGUGUCUUCUGCUCUUCGGAGGAAUGGUUAGCAGCGCAUCGCAGCAUUUGUGCACAGUGUUUGCUGCUGCAUCCCACUUUUCAUGGUUGACUGUCUUUACCGUCUCCACGAUGAUCGCCUUUGAUCUCAGCCGGACCUUUGGAUCCCAUGCAAACAUUAGGGUAUCGACAGCAAACCUAAGAUUGCUUACAGGUUACCUAUCACUGGCCUUUGGGUUGCCAUUUUUGUUUGUGAGCUUCACCCUUACUCUCAGUAUCCUCAAAGGCAAAGAUCUCGACUUUCAUUACGGUAAACAAUCGUCUUGCUGGAUCGGAGAUGGGUUGGCCAUCCUUUUUGUAUUUGGCGUUCCUGUCUUAUUCUUGCUCUGUCUUAACCUGCUGUUCUUUGUGAAGACAGUCCAUGGCAUUGCAAAAAGCAAGAAGAUCGGAAUGACCCUUCAUGAAGGAAAGAAAGCCUGCAGUUAUACUGAAGAACUUCUCAAGAUCGCAAUAAAGGUAUCUUCUAUAAUGGGCUUCACAUGGCUCUUUGGAUUUGUGGCUGCAUUCAGUAAGCAGGAAGCUCUCUGGUACAUCUUUAUCAUCCUCAACUCUUGUCAGGGUCUGUACAUCUUUUUGGCUUUCACAGCUACCCGAAAGGUUUGCCACAUGUGGCGGGACCUCCUGCUCAAGAAGUUAUACGGUAGGAGACCUGACGUCGGAUCUGAGAUGAGACUGCGGACAAAGUCAGAACAAAGCUUAGUUCAAACAGUAUCAGUAUGA